AUGUCUUCCUCACAUCAUCAUCAUCGAACAUCGAGUACACGUCGAACAAGACGUGUACAAAUAGUUGCACCAUUACAUUCAAGUCGAUCAUCAAGUGCUCCACAACGACAAUUUAUAAUUAUUCUUACAAAUGAUCCUGAACUAUUACAACCAACUGGACCAUUUCAACCACAUAUACAACAAAAUAUGCAAACAACAACACGUUCCACACAAACUAGUACAACAAAUAAUGGAGGAGCAGUCAACAACAAUAAUAAUCACCACAAUAAUCGAGAACAAAUACUUAAUAAUCUUUUACGAGUCGAACUAAGAGAAGCAACAAGUCAUUAUCUUACACGAACUCGCCGAUCAUAUCCAAUUCAUUAUAUUUUUGAUAUGUCCGACAUAGAUACAGAACAAUUAUGA